AUGAAACGACAGAGGUCGGGAGACACUGUCAUCAAAACGCUGUUUCGGGAAUAUCAGGCACAUUCCGUUACAGGUUUCGUCCAGCAAGCUAUAAAGGACACUGAAAAAAUUUUCUUAUGUGAAGCUUGUCUUUCGCAGUUCUCCUCGCUGCCUGACCUCAUUAAGCACGCUGAAAUAUGUACUUAUCGCUACUGGAUUCCUGGUGAUGAAAUAUAUCGAUGCGACGAACGGAAGUGCGUCAUUAUGGAGAUCGACGGGCGGAAAGCGGUCUGUAGUUCCUUCACAAGGAGGAUUGCCUAUCUAUCCAAAUUCUUUUUGGAUGAAAAAACUACUUUAGAUGACCUACAUUUUUUCGCAUUCAUAGUUAUUUUUGAAUUAGAUGAUUAUGGUUAUCAUUUUGCAGGAUACUUCAGCAAGGAAUGGAGAAAAACACUAUCUUGCACAAACACACUUUCGUGCCUAAUGGUGUUGCCACCGUACCGAUCAAAGGGUUAUGGUUCACUUCUUGUAGAAUUAUCGUAUGAAAUGGCUAAGAUUGAGGGAAUAGCUGGAACACCUGAAAGACCGUUAAGCACCGGAGGAAAGCGUAUAUUCUCCAGAAUAUGGCGUGAGGAAUUGUUAAGAGCCAUGUUUGCAAUACAUAAGGAACGACUACCCCUAACACUACGUACAAUUUCAUCGAAAUCGGCGAUAAACAUUGAAGAUACUGCCCUUGCCCUUCAUCAUCUUGGAGUCGUCUUUUCCGCCCCUGAUGGCACAACUUUCAUAACUGUCCCCCAAUCAGCUAUCAACGAAUCAGAAAAAACAAAAAGACUCAACAACAAAUUGUUACUAUGGGUGCCGCUAUCAUAA